UGUUUCUGUUUCUUUCUUUCACCACUGCAAAAAUGCUCUCUUCCUCCCUGGCAAUGGAGUUCCUCUGUUUCUUCACUCUGCUUUUGCUUUCACAUUCUGUUGCGUUGAAUAUAACAGAGAAAAUGCAGACGGAAUGUGAAAUGUGCUUAGAAUGUGAGAAUCCAUGUGAUCAGCCACCACCACCGCAAGAGAUACUCUGUCCUCCAACUCUUCCACCACCUCCGCCGCCUGAGAUACUCUGUCCUCCACCUCUCCCACCACCUCCACCGCCUCCGUUAGAGAUUUUUUGUCCCCCACCACCACCGCCUUCUCCUCCUCCGCCACCCCCAUCACCGCCACCGCCCUGUACGCACUGCCCACUACCACUUCCACCACCGCAGCCGCCGAUUUGUGACGAAUGCGUUCAUAAUAAGCCGAGACCGCCGAUCAUUAUCACCGCAGCAGCAGCUUCACGGGAGGUUUCAGCUUCUAUAAGCUUAGCAACUGCUCUCGCCUUUCUCGUCUCUUCUCUGCUUCAUUAAUCUGCUAGCGAUCUUCGCCCUUUUAUGUCUCAACAUUAUUAUUCUUACAAUCACUAAGUGGGUUUUGAAGAAACUUGGUUGUAUUAAUCAAAUUAUUGGUUGUGUCUCAAAUUAUCCGUCCUCAAAUAAAUAUUUUGACUUGUUGUUUUGAAAAGAAUAGUUAGGUUUGCAAAUUCCUUUAUUAUUGAUUCAAUAAUUUUACUGUUAUUAUUUUGUUCA